CACAUAUUUUUGUCCAGUUAUUUGCCUUGCAUCAUGCUGAGUGUAGUGAAGAUAGCUGGCACUUCAGUUUGUCAGGCGCCCACUCCUAUUGGGUCUGGCGUUGGAUGGGUGGACUGAAUAAAUAGCGAGUGAGAUGCGGAUCAGAAUGACAUGAGAUGUGGAGCAGUAGCAGCAGCAGAGAGGGUAGGAAACAAUCCAUAGUAGCUGCUCGUUAGUCACCGCAAAUCAGCGCUUAACAGGCAACCGGAUUCUUAACUGAACUCUCUCUCUCUCAUUUAUUAUUAUUGUUUUUUUUUACCUCUUAUAAUCAGAGCUCUUGCGUGCGCUCCUACACCACUUUCCUCUGUCAGCGCUCUGAUCCAAGUUUUCUCGGUGAAACCCUAUCCCUCUGCUGCUAACAGGUUGGAACAAUAAAUUUUUCUCUUUUUUUGCGCGUCUUAAUAUCGCUUAUCUGAAAUUCAUAGAAAGCACGGCCAAGAUGAUGAUGAUCAUCGCGGAGUUCUUCGUGGUUAUCUUGAAGGUGCUCUGGGCGUUUGUGACAGCCGGGGCCAGAUGGGUCGUGCGACCCAAGGAGAAGAGCGUGGCGGGACAGGUGUGCGUGAUCACCGGGGCUGGGAGCGGCCUCGGGCGGCUGUUCGCCAAGGAGUUCGCCCGGCGACGAGCGGUCCUGGUCCUGUGGGACAUAAACAGCCAGAGCAAUGAGGAAACGGCAGAGAUGGUACGACAUAUAUACCACGAAACGGAGACUCCCGUCACAAAAGAUGGACCUGUUGGAGGAGUGGAGGAGGUCCCUGCUUUCCAGCCUCAGGUCUACACGUACGUGUGUGAUGUGGGCAAGCGCGAGAGUGUGUAUUCCACGGCGGAGAAGGUGCGACGAGAGGUGGGAGAGGUGGACAUACUGAUCAACAACGCUGGCGUGGUCUCAGGCCACCACCUGCUGGAGUGCCCGGACGAGCUGAUCGAGCGCACCAUGGUGGUCAACUGUCACGCACACUUCUGGACCACCAAGGCGUUUCUCCCCAAGAUGCUGGAGCUGAAUCACGGUCACAUUGUGACUGUUGCCAGCUCCCUCGGUUUAUUCAGCACAGCUGGAGUUGAGGAUUACUGUGCCAGCAAGUUCGGUGCCAUUGGGUUUCACGAGUCCCUGAGCCACGAGAUUAAAGCCUCAGAGAAGGACGGCAUCAACAUGACUCUGGUGUGCCCUUACCUGGUCAACACGGGAAUGUUCAAAGGUUGCAGGAUAAGGAAGGAGAUAGAGCCUUUUCUGCCGCCCCUGUCGCCAGAGUUCUGUGUGAAGCAAGCCAUGAGAGCCAUCCUCACAGAUCAGCCAAUGGUCUGCACACCUCGCAUCAUCUACAUGGUUAACUUUAUGAAAAGCAUUCUGCCCUUUGAGGCCAUCGUGUGCAUGUACCGGUUCCUCGGUGCCGACAAAUGCAUGUACCCUUUCCUAGCUCAGAGGAAGGAGGCGAUGAACAACAAUGAAGCAAAGAACGGGAUCUAAGGAGAAGUGUUUACAACCGGUGCAUUCAUGCAGUGGUGUGACAAAUGGUUCACCACCUUCCUGAUUUUCUAUUUUUUUGUGUAUUUUAUCACACUUCAGUGUUUCAGAACAUCACGGCAAUCUAAAUAUUAGUCAGAGGGAGGUGAUAAUCCCGCUAAACCUAAUAACUGGUUGGGCCAACCUUACCAGCAACAACUGCAAUCAAAUGUUUGUGACAACUUAUGAGUCUUAUGAGGAAUUUUUGGCCUUCUCAUCUUCGCAGAAUUGUUGUAAUUCAACCAGAUUGGAGGGUUUUCGAGCACCAUGUUUCACUGUUGAUCUGAUAAGCAGAUACUUUUAUGCCAGAUGUAAUGGGACACACACUGUCCAAAGAGUUAAACUGUUUGUCCUGUCAGUCCACGGAAUAAUUUUCCAAAAGUCUUAGUCAAGUCAAGAUGUGUUCUGGAAAAAUCGAGGCAAACUUUCCUCUGCCAAGUAAGCCAUUUUUGCCAAGUCUCUUAGGCAUAACCUUUGACCUUAACUGAGGCAAGUAAGGCCUGCAAUCACUUUCUCUCAAGGCCACAAGCCAUGUAGUGGGCCAAAUGAAGGCAUUCAUUAUCUUCUUUUGAUAAUGAAUGCCUUCAUUUAAAAACUGCAUUUUGUGUUUACUUGUGUUACCUUUAACAUUUAAACUGAAUUGAUGUUCUGAAACAUUUAAGUGUCAAACAUAUAGGAAAUCAGGAAGGGGGCGGAGGCUUUUUCACACCGCUGUACCUGCAAGCUUAUGGAAACAACCACUGAAGACGAAAGAUGGGGGAGGGUGAAAAAAAAGAAAAAGAAAAAAAAAAAAGACUGAAUCUAGACUGGUGCACUUGCAUUGAGCAAAUGCAAAGAUUUACCAUAUUGUUCCUCUGGAACAAAAAGCUGCGUACUACACAAAGGAAUCAUUUGGGUUUUUGUUUUUAUAGAAAUCAACAUCUAUAUACCAUCACUAGUUUUGAAAUCAUACAAAAAAAAAAGGUAUCCAGUAAUUAACUCUUUUCAUAAUGUAGUCACCAGCCUUAUCUAGUGUCAUUGUGGAAAUAUACAGUAUGUUACUGUACAAACAGUAAUCUUUUUUUUUUUCACUUAUUUUAUUUUUUGUAGACAUGCACUGUAAGUUCUAAUUUUUAUGAUGUAAAUUCAGAUUUGCUUUUCCCCACACUGCCAGUGAUCUUUGUGUAAAUUUAACACAAUGCUUCAAGCUAGCCAACAUUUUCUUAUUCAGAGGCUUUUAUUCAGUCCAGUUUACACAGCAUUGAUUCACGCUAGUGUGCAUUUGUUUUGGCCAUGUACCAUCUUUCUUUUUUUUUUUUUUUUUUUGCCUAAAUAUGUAAUUUUUAGAGACAUGUAGCAUAGUUUAACUUUUUAAAUGCAUUCCAAAUGGGACUCAGUAGCCAAGUUAUUAAUAGCUUUUUUGGACUUUCCUGUAUCAUUAGUCUCAGUCAUUGCUGUUCUGAUAAAUCUCUUAAAUGGAACACGAGUAAAAAAAAAAAAAAAAAAUCACUGUCCUGGGUUGAAUUAGCAUGUGACUGAUAGCAGAAUGUAUUGUUUAAAGAGAACCCGAGAGAACAGGCCUUUACAUAUUCCAUUUGUGUUCAUUUAAAGGUGUUGUUCAUAUUGUAAGUUUAUAUUUUUGAACAUUGCUAAAAAACUAACUCCAGUCAAAGUUACUGUCCUGACACUGAGUGGUUGAGUGAACUGUAAUAAUGUUUUGGGUUUUUUUCAUUCCCCCACAUCCACCAAAAAAGAAAAUAUGUAAAAUUGUCUGACAUUCUUCUGACCAGUUAAAGUGAAAUGUAUGUUUAAAUGUUGUUAACCUUCGCCCAAAUGAGUGUUCCCACCACAUUUGAUGUAUGACUAUUUUAUAUACUUUAUAUAUAUAUAUAUAUAUAUUUUUUGUUUUGAAUGUCAAAUACAAUACAUUCCAAAAGGCAUCAUUCCCUCAGUCACAGUGAUGAGCCUAAAUCCUCUACCUCUUAAUUUUUGCCUUUUUAUUUUGUUUGACAGCAUAACAUAAGCCUCUUUUUGUAAUAUUCAAAAAAAAAAAAAAAAAGCUCCAUUGUUGAGCAAAUGUGGUUCCGAUGUUUAGUGUCUCUACCUAACUUAAAUUAAUAAAGUGAUUUAGAUUAUUA